AUGAUCUGUAGGGACGACACACAGUACUCCGACGGCACCGGCAACCUCGACACCGGCGAGGGCUUCGCGGCGGCUCCCGACAUCGACCACCUCAACACGCAGGUCCAGCGUGAGCUCAUGGACUGGCUGAACUGGCUCAAGACUGACAUCGGCUUCGACGGGUGGAGACUCGACUUUGCCAAGGGUUACUCCUCGAGCGUCGCCAACAAGAUCUACGUCGAACAGACGCAGCCAAACUUCGUGGUGGCUGAGAUCUGGGGUUCAUUAGCUUACGGAAACGAUGGGAAGCCAGCAUACGAUCAGAACGGCAACCGCCAAGAGCUGGUUAAUUGGGUUCAGCAGGUCGGAGGCCUAGCGACGACCUUCGAUUUCACCACAAAGGGAAUACUACAAGCUGCCGUGGAAGGUGAACUGUGGAGGAUGCGUGAUCCCCAGGGGAAGGCACCCGGCAUGAUGGGGUGGUGGUCGGAGAAGGCUGUCACCUUCGUCGACAACCACGAUACCGGUUCGACGCAAAGGUUGUGGCCUUUUCCUUCUGAUAAGGUCAUGCAAGGCUACGCUUAUAUACUCACGCAUCCGGGCAUCCUUUCCAUCUUCUACGACCACAUGUUCGACUGGGGAUUGAAGGAGAAGAUAACUCAGUUGGCUGAAACCAGAACACGAAAUGGAAUUCAUUCGGGUAGCGCUCUCAACAUUCUGGCCUCCGAUGCUAACCUCUACAUGGCAAUGAUCGAUGGAAAGAUACUGACGAAGCUAGGCUCGAGAUACGACGUGGGGAAUCUCGUUCCUUCCAACUUCCACGUCGUUGCCUCUGGCAAUGACUACUGCGUUUGGGAGAAGAGAUGA